AUGCGCAUUUCACCGUGUGCUCUUGAGAUGGCAAAACCUUUGGAUCACAUAAAGAGGCCCAUGAACGCUUUCAUGGUGUGGUCUCGCGGUCAGAGACGAAAGAUGUCACUGGAGAAUCCCAAAAUGCACAACUCUGAAAUCAGCAAAAGACUUGGCGCGGAGUGGAAGUUGCUUUCCGAAUCAGAGAAGCGACCAUACAUUGAUGAAGCCAAGAGAUUGCGUGCGCAACACAUGAAAGAUCACCCCAACUACAAGUACAGACCCCGGCGCAAACCCAAGAGCUUGCUAAAGAAGGACCGUUUCCUUUUCCCCUUUCCCUUCCUCGGGGACGCAGAACAUUUGAAAGGAUUUUCCACCGAGUCCAUUUUGGCUUCCGCUGAGAAAGCUAGGGCCCUUUUGCCGCCGACGUCGUCACCAUACUCGCUCCUUGACCCUGGUCAAUUCAGCACCGGCGCUGUCCAGAGGAUCUCUGAAAUUCCCCACGCGCUGGCUGCCAACGGCUUGUCCUAUGCGCCCUCUUUGGGAUACCAGACUGGCGCGUUUGGAAGUUUGGGAUGCCCCAGCCAGCACACUCACACUCACCCGUCCCCCACGAACCCGGGGUACGCCUUGCCCUGUAACUGUGGCACGUGGUCGGCGACGGGAUUACAGCCUCAAGUUGCAUACAUCCUUUUUCCAGGUAUGACCGGCAUAGACCCGUACUCCUGUUCACCACAUUCAAGUGUGUGA